ACCACCGCAACACAGCAGCCAUGGGAUCUGGAAAGAAAGAGGCCGCGCGCAAGGAGCGCCAGGGCAAGACCGGCGAUGGCAUGGGCAACGUGAAGGUCAAGGGCGAGAACUUCUACCGCUCUGCAAAGAAGGUCAAGGUUCUCAAGCGCCUCACCGACGGCAAGGCCACCCGCAACGCCUCCGGAGACAUCACCCAGGCCGCCUCGUACCAGUCCCGCGAGGCUCCCGUCGCCCGUGUCGAGCCCAACCGCAAGUGGUUCAACAACACCCGUGUCAUCUCCCAGGAUGCCCUCGACUCCUUCCGCUCUGCCGUGCAGUCCCAGGCCUCCAACCCCACCACCUUCCUCAUGAAGCGCAACAAGCUGCCCAUGAGCCUAAUUGAGGAAAAGGGCAACAUCAACGGCCUGAAGCAGCACGCCGCCAAGAUCGCCGUCUCCUCGCAGCCCUUCUCUGAGACCUUCGGCACCAAGGCGCAGCGCAAGAAGCCCAAGCUGGAGUUCAGCUCCAUCGAGGACCUGGCCGCCCGCACAGACACCAUGCACGAGAGCUACACCGAGCGCCUCGAGCAGGCCAAGCUCCUGUCUGGCACGUCAGGCGAGGCCGACGAGGAGAACAAGGAUGGCGACCUGGCUACUGCUCGCGAGUUCAUCUUCAUGAAGGGUACCUCCAAGCGCAUCUGGAACGAGCUGUACAAGGUCAUCGACUCCAGUGAUGUGAUCCUGCACGUCCUCGACGCCCGUGACCCCGACGGCACACGCUGUCGCAGUGUAGAGAAGUACAUCCGUACCGAGGCGCCUCACAAGCAUCUGGUCUUUGUGCUCAACAAGGUCGAUCUCGUGCCCUCCAAGGUAGCAGCUGCCUGGGUCAGACAUCUCAGCCAAGAGUUCCCCACUCUCGCUUUCCACGCCAACAUCAACAACUCCUUCGGAAAGGGCUCUCUCAUCGCCCUCCUCCGCCAAUUCUCUUCCCUCCACAGCGACCGUAAGCAGAUCUCCGUCGGUAUGGUCGGCUACCCCAACACCGGAAAGUCUUCCAUCAUCAACACCUUGAGGAAGAAGAAGGUGUGCGUUGUCGCGCCUAUUGCUGGCGAGACAAAGGUCUGGCAGUACAUCACACUCAUGAAGAGAAUCUACAUGAUCGAUUGCCCGGGUAUUGUACCGCCAAACCAGAACGACACAGACGAGGACCUGCUGUUGAGAGGCAGUGUUCGAGUUGAGAACGUCGAGUAUCCUGCACAGUACAUCCCUGCCGUUCUCAGACGGGUCCAGCCCAAGUACUUGCAGCGCACAUACGAUCUGAAGGAGCCUGCCACCGAUGCUGUCACAUUCCUCGAGAUCCUCUGCAGAAAGAGCGGGCGUCUCCUCAAGGGCGGUGAGGCUGACAUUGACGGUGCUGCCAAGCUGGUCUUGAACGACUGGAUUCGUGGAAAGCUCCCCUGGUUCACACCGCCACCGUACAAGGAGGGCGGACAAGGCCCUGCUAUCGGUGUUGAGGGCCGCGACGGUGCCCUCGGCGAGAUGAGCAAGAAGAGGAAGCGCGGCACUGAGAGCAACGCCGCCACAAGCGUUGCUGCCACCACCGACACCACUGGCGCGCCUCAAGACGAGGCAGAAAAGACUGACGGCGAGUUCGACGGCUUCAGCGACGAAGACGACGAGGUCGACGAGGAUGAGGACGAGUCCGCGGAAGCUGAUCUCGCUGGCGGCGUGUCCCUCGAGACUCCCGACGUCGAUGAUGACAGCGAAGAUGACGAAGACGUCGAGGCAGAUAUUGCGGCAAUAUCUGCUGCAUUAUCGAAGGCGAAAAAACGGCAACGGAAAAAUUAGGAGUUACUUUGAUGAUUGAAUGAUACCCCUUCCUCGAGCCAAGCGGCUCCUCUCA